AUUUGCGUUUAGUCGUCGAUUACGGUUUCUUGUAGAACGUUGGUUGAAGCGUCCUUUUUUAACGUACAAGGCUUCCAGUGUUAGAGGGAGUUACAAAUGCCCAUUUAAUUGUGAGGAACCACUUAUAGAUGCAGAUUAAGUAAAUCUAACUGUUGACUUAACGGACGGAAACAAAAUUUUAACGUGAGAAAAAAGUGUUGAGAAAUUAUGCCCAACUCAUCAGGAAUGUCUUCGAGACAUUUGGAUAACCGUGCUAAUGGAUACAGAAACGAUAUCCCAAGUUCGCUGUACAUGCACGAAUACGAACGAUCAAUUAAAGCGCCAGAAGAGUUUUGGGGCGAAAUCGGAGAGAAAGUCGUGCAUUGGGAUAAGCCGUUCGAAAAAGUUUUGGAUCAUUCGGAUCCACCGUUCACAAAAUGGUAUACCGGUGGUUACAUAAACGCUUGCUACAAUGCUGUCGAUCGACAUGUUGCAGCUGGACGCGGAAAUAAAGUGGCUUUGAUACAUGACAGUCCUAUGACGAAUACUGUCAGACAUGUUACGUACAAUGAGUUACAAGAUCAAGUAUCGCGAAUGGCUGGAGGACUUCAAAAAUUGGGUGUGACAAAGGGGGAUAAAGUUGUUAUUUAUAUGCCAUUGAUUCCGGAAGCAGUAAUUGCCAUGUUGGCUACUGUUCGCCUUGGAGCAGUUCAUUCCGUUGUUUUUGGAGGUUUUGCUGCCAGUGAAUUGAGCACACGCAUUGAACAUGCCGAGCCCAAAAUCGUAAUUGCUGCCAAUUGUGGAGUUGAACCGACGAAAGUUAUCAGAUAUCUAGACAUCUUACACGAUGCGCUGGCCAUGUCUAAAUGGCAACCAAUAUGUAGCGUCAUAUACCAAAGAUACAACAUAUUGUCGUCUGCGAUAGAUCCGAAAACCGACAUUCUGUGGGAAACCAUUUUAACGCUAAACGAUCCGGUCAAAUGUGUCCCAGUUGAAGCAAACGACCCUCUCUACUUAUUAUACACAUCGGGAACAACAGAUAAGCCGAAAGGUGUACAGAGACCUACUGGUGGACAUCUCGUUAGUUUAAUGUAUUCGUGCACAGCCAUUUAUGGCUUAAAACCAGACGACGUAUGGUGGGCUGCAUCAGAUUUGGGAUGGGUUGUGGGACAUUCGUACAUAUGCUAUGGUCCACUCUUGUUCGGGGCAACGGUAGUGAUGUAUGAAGGGAAACCAGAUCGAACGCCAGAUCCGGCACAAUAUUUUCGAAUCAUCGAACAACACAAAGUGUCUGCACUAUUUUCGGUUCCAACCGCUUUUCGUGUCAUUCGCCGAGUGGAUCCGGAAAUUAAAUUCGGUCGCAAAUAUUCGACAAAAUCGUUGCGAACGAUUUUCAUUGCUGGCGAACAUUGCGAUUUGGAAACGAAAAAUUGGAUGGAGAAAACAUUCAAAGUGCCAAUCCUCAAUCACUGGUGGCAAACGGAAACUGGUUCGGCAAUAACCGCAACCUGUAUAGGGUUGAAUCAGAAUUUACAUCCACCGAAUCUGACGACUGGACUGCCAUACCUCGGAUAUGAUAUAAGAGUUGCGCGACCCGAUGGAACGUGGGCACUCCCGAAUGAGCUUGGAAGACUGGUGAUAAAAUUGCCACUGCCACCGGGAAAUAUGUCCACAUUGUACAAGAACAACGAACUGUUUGAAAAAACCUAUUUCCAGAAGUACCCGGGUUACUAUGACACAAUGGAUGCAGGAUACAUAAAUGAAAGCGGAUACGUCUUUGUUACAGCACGUGACGAUGAUGUUAUUAAUGUAGCCGGUCAUCGCAUAUCAACCGCAAGUCUAGAGGACGCAGUCUUACGUCAUCCCGAUGUUGUGGACGCUGCGGUGUUCGGCGUACCCGAACCAACGAAAGGCGAAGUACCGUGCUGUCUCUACGUCACGAGAUCGGAUGUCACGAAAUCAAGUGCUAAAUUAUCGGUCGAAUUGAUCAACAUUACCCGAGAAAUAAUCGGACCGAUUGCCGCUUUUCGAUUGGUCGCUGCGGUGCAGGCAUUGCCCCGGACAAGAUCGGGAAAAACAAUGAGAAAAGUGAUGGCCGACCUGGCUCGUAACAAGCAAAUUAUCGUUCCCGCUACGAUUGAAGAUGCAACAGUUUUUCCGGACAUCAAACGAGCAUUGCAAGAACUCGGCUAUGCAACAACAGCUCCGGAUCCACUAAUGAGUCGAAAGGAGUGACGCUGAAUCGGAGCACCAUAGCACUAUAGUACGAGGGAAUAAUAGUUUUGAUUUCUGUAGCUUAAGACCAAAUGACAAAAACCGUAGAUGUAAAGCCAACAUUUCCACAUUAAAAGAAAAACGUUUACUUCGA